AAUAGAAGAUUUAAAAAGGACCUGAUGUGACCAACUUCUUGAAAAGCGAAUUGAGUGAUGAUAUUUCUGAAGCCAGGAGUAAGUUUAGCCAUCCUUGCACCAAUGGGUGGUGGUCCAGCACCGGUCAGAUUUGGUUGGAUGGAAUCCAAACCCCUGCCCAUGGACCCAUAUAAGAAAAACUCGGCUUCUAGGUAUUCUAGAUUUAAAGCAAACUCGAUAAGGUCUCUAUCGGAUAUAGGUAACUUUGGUAUUGGAACUGGGAUGGUAUUAGGGUCAGGGUCAGGGUCCGGUGACACGAAGGGCAAGAGGAAGAGGAGGAAAAGGAAUGCAGUUGUCAUCAUUGGGCCGACGGUGGUGGCAGGAGCAGAUGGAGUUGAAGUAAAGUGUGUCCAAGAAAUGAUGCAGCAAAAGAUGGAGGCAGUUUGGCCCUUUGGUGGAUUGCAUGAAGAAGUUGAUGCAGAAUACAGUAUGAGCACAGGUUACAAAUGUUUCUUUAAUUACAAAAUACUUUGUUAAAUCAAUAUGGAUCAUUGGAAAUUGAAUAACUUAGGAAUUACCGUACUAGUUAUGAUAACAUAUAGAAGUAAACUUUUGACUU